UUUCCUUAAAUAUAAAUAUAAAAAGAUAUGUGUAUAGGAGCAUUCUUUUCCCUUUUCUUUCCCCACCCUGUCGAAGUAAAACAUUUCAUAAAAAUGGUCAAACGGUUAAAAUCAUUAACUGGUGCGAAUAUCGCGAAUGUAAUAAGUUCGUAAAAUAGAAUAAUAUAUAAUAAUCGUGGUUUGCCUUAAUUAUUAAGUUUAACGUUGCAUUCAUUAAUUAAAUUUCGCAAGACUUUUUUCUUGCCUUCGAUCGAUCGAUCGAAGAUAGAAUAUAGUUAAUUCUUCGAUUGUAUAUUCUUAAUUAGUUAAAAAUUAUCCUAAUUGUUGAGAAACAUAAUGAAAUAUUCAUUUCAAUUUUUCUGUAAGUACUGGUACAACUUUAAACAAGUCCGCAACUAAUCCAUAAUCUGCCACUUGAAAAAUUGGUGCUUCUGGGUCUUUAUUAAUAGCAACAAUUGUUUUUGAAUCCUUCAUACCGGCAAGAUGCUGAAUUGCUCCAGAAAUACCCACUGCUAUGUACAAAUCCUAAAGCGAAAUUACGAACAAGGUCAUUGUUGAGUACAUACAAUAUUAUUUCAAUGCGUCAUUCAAGUACAUACCGGUGCAACGAUCUUUCCCGUUUGUCCAAUCUGCAGAUCAUUGGACACGUAUCCAGCAUCAACGGCAGCUCUUGAAGCUCCGACAGCAGCAUUAAGCUUAUCAGCCAGGGAAUAGAGCAAUUUAAAAUUCUCGCCCGACUUUAAUCCCCGUCCACCCGAAACUACUACUUUAGCGGACGUUAAUUCGGGCCUAUCGCUUUUGCUAAUUUCUUGCUUAAUAAAUUCAACUAGAUUCGUUUUGUAAUCACCGGAUGGGGCUGGUUCACACGCAGCAUUACCGCCUUCCAGAGGCAAUGCUUCGAACGAAGUACCUCUCACCGACACAACUUUUACAUUAUCUUUGACUUUUAUGGUCUGUAUAGCAUUGCCAGCAUAAAUUGUGCGAACAAAAGUGUCUGGUGCUUUUAUACCAAUGAUAUCACUUACCGGUGAAACAUCCAAUUUUGCCGCAAUCUAAAAUCAAUUCAACAAAUAUACAAUACAUGAUUUAUUAUUAAAGUAAGAGAAACGGUAACGUAAUGUUUCUACCAAAGAUGAUCAAAUCUUAGCUCCUUAUUCCUUAUUUUAAUGACUCAUCUUCGACAAUGAGAAUCUCAGAUAGACAAUAAUAGAUAUAUAAAUAUAUAAAAAUAAAUCUAAUAUGUAAAAUCUAAUAUGAGAAUUACAAAUUUUGCUCUAACGAUACGAUAUAAAAGACUUUAAAUGACGACCAUAUCCUUCUUAAUAAUGUAUUUAUAGAAAAAAGUAAUAAAAUCAAGUAUGUACUAACUCUCGGUAAUAAUGAUUUACCAAAAGCACUAGCACCGGCUAAAAUGUGAGUGUAUUUAUUUUGAUUGUGCAUCGCUAAUAUCAGUGGCGUCAAUGAUUCCGAAGUAAAUCCUUUAAAUGCUUCGCUAUUUGCCAAAAGUACUUUAUUAAUGCCUUUUGCAUUGCUUGCAGCCUUUGCCACCGCAUCGCAUUUUGUUCCAGCGACUAAAACGGUAAUGUCAUUACCAAUUUGUUUUGCUGCACUCAACACAUUACAUGUUAUUGGUGACAAUACCUCAUUAUUGUGUUCCGCUAUGACUAACGUUGAUUCAAGGCGUAUUUGCGUAUUUAUCUGAAAAUGAAAAGCGUAUAAUAAAAGAAACGUGAAAACUUUUAUUCGCUAUUAAAAUCAUAAUAGAUAACUUAAUAAUUAACACUAUGCCGUCCAAUGACACUACAGUGGUGUGCGCGAAAUAGCGGCCAACGGAUGGCGAAAUCACAGUGGUGUGUGCAUAGUAUCGCUCAAUUGCCAGCGACAGCACUUUUCUAUCUUUUCCAUUCUGUUGGUGUUUUGUUUAAGUAAGUAAGUAAGUAAGUAAGUAAGUUACUAUGUAACGUAUUGUUACCUAACUCAACAAGUUUUUUGUUUUUAUAAGUAUUUCUGCGACAAACCAAGUAAUGCGAAUUAGCGCUGCCGGCGACAAGCGAAUAAAUUUUUACGAGACAUGCGGACGGCAGUGUUAAAUCCCAAGGCACACAUAUGGUGCAGUUGUACGAACACACACACACACAUAUAUAUAUAUAUAUAUAUAUGUAUGUUUCGUGUCCUAAUGCCAUUUUGGGAAACGAACAUGAAUGUUUUGCUUUACACGUCUUCGUAAUGAAUUUUUCUACUUACUCUUCUUGCUUUGAGUAGAAAUCUGAACGAUGCAGCAAACAUUUUUACAUAUACUCAAUAUAUCUCGUAUCUUAUAAUAAAGAUUAGCGUUAAAUAACUUGUUUCACUUAUUUUCCUCUCUUACAUCAGCUGAUAAUCUUCUCAAUUUCUAUUCGCUCUAGGGUCAAAUCGUACAUUGGAUGUGAAUAUAGGUUGCGCUAGGUUGAGCUACGAGCUGUUGAUUUUUUUUUCUUCUUUAACCUAUUUAAAGAUCUAAAUCGUUCGAACGAUCUAGAUCUUUACGAGUACACGAGCGACGCUCACGGCCUCGUACGGGAACUAAACUUUUCUUCUUAUUUAUUUAUUUGUUUUUUUUUUUUUUUUUUUUUUUUUUUUUUUUUUUUUUUUUUUUCAACUCUAUUCGAUAAAAGCGCGCUCGCCGCAUGUACGAGUAUAUGCGACGUAUAUUUAUGUAGCUUUAUGUAGGUAUAUUUAAGUGUAUAUGGCACUAUCUCCCGCAUGGACCACGAAGCAGGAAAACAUUUUAUUCUCUUAAAAGAAUAAUUUCUUUCAUUUUCCUUGCAAUGUCUACCAACAAAUUUGCUUAUCGAUUAAUAACAUUUUCAAGAUCUUUUCGGUAAUCAAUCUCAUUGUAUGAGUAGGUACCAUAGAUGUAUAUAAUACGCAGAGUCCGCAUAAGGCCACCACUUCUACAUGAUUUAUCAACGUGAUAGAUACUAAUCUGUAAGCUAUCUAGAAAAAAAAAAAAAAAAAAAAAAAGAAGAAGAAAAGGAAGAAGUGGACUCUAUUAUAACAAGCGUGCAUGUUUACUACGUGCUUGUGCAUUUCAAAUAUUUCUGAGGUAGACAAUAGUUAUUUCUUUCAAAUCACUAACGCGCGACAUGAUACUUACGUCAGGACUUUUGUAUGGUAAAAAUAUUGGUAAAUCGCGUGCCGUGUAAUUAGUUUCGGUCGCUAUUGUCAUUAUUAACAAUUUUCUUUCUAUAGGAUCCAAGGACCACCAUCCAUCGGUUGCUACUGCUAAACAACCAUGUACCAAAAUGCAUCCAUACAUUGAAUCUAAACAUUCCAUGUAUCCCUCUAAACAAGUCUUUAAAAAGUUUUAUAAAAUACAUAUGAAUCAUCCAAUGAUACAAAAGUACAUUUAAAAUAUACAAUUAAUUUAAUACCUGCAACAGAUGGUUCUCAUGUAAAAUUAUACACUCUGUCAUAUUAACAAUAUCCGUCUUGGUACAAAUUCGAUCUCCGAUAUCUAAACAUUCUAAGAGUCUAUCUAUAAUUGGAUUACAUGCACGCAAAUCUUUUUUCAAGCGCUCUAUAUUCUUUGCAUUUUUGAUUUCAUCAAUACCGACGAAUAAGAUCAUCGCACCAAAGGCAACAUCGAGGAAUUUAUUUAAAGUAUAUUUUGUUGCACCAUUCGCAAUAAUUAUUAAUAUAAUACUUUGUUCAUAUUCUUUCCAAACUAUAGCUGUAUCUGGUAGAUCUGUAUUUAAUAGCUUCAUAUUUUGUGUUUUAAGAAACAUGUGGACGCCAUUUAGAGAUGCCAUUUUAGAAAAAGUUAUCUAGAAAUAUUUCAUAAAGAAAUUGACGACUAAAACGGUAUAACAAACAAUGGUUAUUCCAUAUAAAACAUACGGACGAACCAUUUCUUUAUCUCCCUUUUGACGAGAAAACAAUGGAAUUCCUCCUGAUGAUGUUAAACACAUAACUUGUGCUGCCAUAAUUCACUUCUUUCUCGAUAUCUCCUCGAUUAUUUCUAUUUCUUGUUAAAUUAUAAUUAAACUCGACCAAAUGUCAUCGUAUCGCGUUUAACUGCGUGCAAAGGGCUCGAUAUCGCUUGCUUUGUUUAUAACAAACUGCAUAUAGAAGUAAUACACGUCUAUACGUGUGUGUACGCACACGAUCAUCAUAUAUAUAUAUAUAUAUAUAUAUAUGUAUAUUUAUAUAUACGUGUGUAUAUGUGUGUGUAUGCGUGCACAUAUACACGGACGCACGACGACGACACGUUAAAUAUUGCGUUAACGAGGCAAAUAUAUUCAAAAAUUUUGUAACAUACACUUUACUAUAUUUUCAAUAUAUACACUUUGAACUAUACAAUAAAUGCUUUGUUGGCGUCUCAAGAGAUUCAAGUGGUUGUCCAAACAUGAAUUAACUUAAAUCAAGAAGAGAAAAUAAGAACGAGACAGAGAGAGGGAGAGAGAAAAGAAAGGAAAUAAAUAAACAAUGUAUAAGGGAUAUAUAUAUGUAUAUGAAGAAUCUCUUCAAAUUUAAAUUACAAAAAAUGAGACGACAUACUUAUAAUGCUUAUAAUGCGUAUAAUGCGUAGCGAUUUGACAUCUACUUGUGUAAAAAUUUACUUUUGAGGUUAUUCAAUCAUUAUAAAAUGAUAGAAGAAAGAAAUAAUAAAAGGUAUAUCAUGUACAUUGGUGGUAUUUUUUCAACUUUAAAAUUUGAUUCAGACGUCGUAGACAUCCCCUCAAGACAACCAUGCGUAACCUAUUUAGAUGUAUUCUUUCUGGUAUGUUCAAUUAUAAUGCACUUAAUUGACAUGGCAUUUGAUAUCAAUAUCGCGGUAAGAUAUCUAUUGGCAAAUAAAGUAAUAUAUUUUAUUUGGACCCUUGUCUUUCUACUUAUUCCAUCUUUUAUAAAUGUAAUUAUUAGUAGAAGAAUGCAACAUCAAGACGAAAAGACAGAGUCAGACUUGGGACAAUUAGAAAAUCAUAAGUCUUGUACACAAGUGAUGAUUAAGAAGAAAAUAUAUUGCGUCUUGGCGGUGGCUUUCCAAUUAGCACCUGUGAUACGUUAUUAUGAUACUCUGAUUUAUGCUUUAAAGGCACGUAAAUGUGAGAAAGUAGGUGAUCGCAAUGGCCAAAGACGAUAUUAUCUUAAAAUGCUUAAGGAAGAUCAAGACGUUGCCCUCUUGAGAAUAUUUGAAUGCUUUCUAGAAGCAGCACCUCAGCAAGUUUUGCAAUUAACGAUUUUAUUGAAGCAUUAUAACAGAGAUAUAAAUCUUGAAUUUAUACAUCAAGUCUGUAGUAUUGUUAGUUCUUUAGUCAGUAUGGGUUGGGCCAUGGCAAGUUACAAUCGCACCAUUCGUUUGGCCCAACAUGAUAAGGAAAUAAUGAACAUUCGAGGUAGCAUAUGUCAAUUUUUUUGGCACUUCCUCGUUACAGUCUCAAGAAUAUUAAUUGUGAGUUUAAUUGCCAGUAUAUGGCCGUUAUACACCGGCAUCGCUUGUAUCUGUCAUUGGAUUGCCAUGACAAUUUGGAUUUUGAUCGAUUCACAUGGUAUAUUACAGUUUUGUCGUAAGAAUAAUCGUGCUCCUCAUAUGACACCAACGAUAACGGAACGAUUUUAUUCCGUGCUUCUUGCAUUGGUCAUAGGUCUACUCCAUAUAUUUGUAUAUUUAAAUGUUAUAGAUGGCAAUACUCUUUUAAAGCAUUCCUUUUUUUACAGCCUAUGCUUUUUAGAAAAUGUUAUCGCUAAUCUUCUUUGGAUGUUCAAUUUUUCUAUAGAAGCAAAACACUCUUGGUACUUUUUUCUAUAUAUUGUCCCUUCCACGGUGCCUUUCAUCUUAGGUAUCACUGCCAUGAUUCUUUAUUAUACACUUUAUCAUCCAGUUAGAAAGAGUCAACCACAAUCGAACUUAAAUAAUGAAGAUUGAGAUCUUCAUGAUAAUGUGCAAGAGAUAAUACUUAGGUAGAUAAAUGUCGCAUUUAAUAUUAUCAUAUCUCGUGUGUCGCGCGUGCGUCACACGUAACAUUCCCUAAUAAUUUAUUCAUUUUUAUAUGAAUUUUUUAAUAUUUAGACGUAUAAGAGAAGAAAAUAAGUUGUAUCGAUCUUCCGUAACCUAUAGUAACACUAUCUCAAGUAAUUUAUAUACGCUAAAAGAUUUAAGAAUUAGAAUAAAUUGUAUAUGUAAACAGAA